CUAGUAAUGUUUCACUGAUUACCUGCCUCGUUGUGUUCUCCAACUUCUUCGUAUUUAUGUGAGGGUUUUCCACAUCCAUGUGUGUUUGCAGGCCUCCAAUAAGUGCAGUUUCCAGCAAAAUAGAAGAAAAUGAAGAGCACAGAAGCAAGGAUAGCAGCCCGAAGAAAGUGAAGAUCAGCCCGAUGAGAUAUCAAGAACAGCACCCCGAAGUGACGUGCAAGGACAGUAGCCCGGAGGGAAUGAAGCGCGGGACGAAGAGAGUGCAAGGACAGCACCCUGAAGAAAAUGAAGAGCACAGAAGCAAGGAUAGCAGCCCGAAGAAAGUGAAGAUCAGCCCGAUGAGAUUUCAAGAACAGCACCCCGAAGUGACGUGCAAGGACAGUAGCCCGGAGGGAAUGAAGCGCGGGACGAACAGAGUGCAAGGGCAGCACCCUGAAGAAAAUGAAGAGCACAGAAGCAAGGAUAGCAGCCCGAAGAAAGUGAAGAUCAGCCCGAUGAGAUUUCAAGAACAGCACCCCGAAGUGACGUGCAAGGACAGUAGCCCGGAGGGAAUGAAGCGCGGGACGAAGAGAGUGCAAGGACAGCACCCUGAAGAAAAUGAAGAGCACAUAUUCAAGAAAAAAACAUGCUAAAUAAGGAAAUGGGAGGGAGCUUUUAUAGGACUGCAAGAGGAAAGGGUGUUUUAAAUUUUUUGGGAAUGUUUGGGCGGGUAGUUUUGUAAAAAUAGGAGGGAAUUGGAAAGUUUUUUUGGAUGAUUUGGUAAUGUAAUGAUGAUAUGAUGUAAUCAAACCCCAUACUUGCCCACUUUUUGGAACCAGU